AUGUUCAUUGAUGGUGACAGAAUUGUGGAUGCAACUCUUGUUCCAGACAUUAAAGCUUCAUCUCCACUGCGUGACGCUUUCCCACCUAUGCCAAACAUUCAACAAUUUGAUGUUGACGUAAAUUUGCGUCGUAUUUUCUUUGUCACCGAAUCACCUAGUGGAGCAAACAUUAGUUGGUUCUCAAUAAGUCAGCCGAAACAACUCAGACAAAUAAUUAAUGCUGAGCGUCUACGAACACCUGAACUUAAGGAAGCAAAUCGGCAUAUAUCUGAUAUGCGAUUGGAUUGGUUUACACAAAAGGUCUAUUGGACUACUGGAAGAAGCGGCAAAGUUUACGCUUACGAUAUUAACGGCAAUCACAUUAUGACAAUUGCUACCGGGGACUGGACAUAUGCUAUGGCUUUGGAUCCUUGUUCAGGACUACUUUUUUGGUCUGACAGUGGUUACAAAGUGUCAGGGGGUUCUUAUGAACCCAGGAUUGAACGGGCAAAUAUGGCUGGUGGUCAACGUCGUGUUUUGGUUCGCGAGGAUUUAAGUCUUGCCGCAACAUUGGCUGUAGACUCUCGCGAGCAGAGGCUAUAUUGGGCUGAUGUGAACCGCUUGUUAUUAAAUUAUUACAGCCCUGGAACACUGCGAGUUUUUGCCUCCGAAGCAGAUAUUCGAACAAGAAAUCAGUGGUGUAGCGAAAGAACAGCCCAUGCAUGCGCGAAAAACAAUGGAGGUUGUGAGCAGAUAUGCCACGUUGUGGCUGCCGACGAUCUUGAACUUGGUGGUGGAGCAGGAGGAACUAUAUCCGCACAUCGUGUUCAAUGUGCUUGUAACGAUACAUUCCAUAUAGUAAAACAGCCUGGUGAGGACAUAGCCACUCAAUGCGCACCAAAUGACGCAGCUUCUGGAACAAAAUCUGGUGGAAGCUGCGAAGGCCCUUAUAAUUUCCAAUGUGUUGGUGAUGGUAGUUGCAUUGCCUUGGACAGAACUUGUGAUGGAAAGAUGGACUUCGUACGUUUCUGUCCAGAAGAUUAUUACUUGUGUGCAAAUCGGCGUUGUAUUCAAGAAUCUGGACGUUGUAAUGGUGUUAACGACUGUGGUGAUCAUUCUGACGAACUCGAUUGCGGCAACUUCAAACCGGGUAGCCGUCCAGGAAGUAGCGGAUCUGGUUCAUCCACUACCACUGUAUGCCCGCCUGGAGCCUUUGCCUGUACAAACGGCCAUUGUAUUAAUCAAAGCCGUGUUUGUGAUGGCCAUAUUGAUUGUCAGGAUGAAAAUGUUUCCGAUGAAAACAGCAAAACCUGUCCUGGAUUACCCAUUGAUUGUCGAGGUGUCCGUAUAAAAUGUCCAAAAACUAACGUCUGCAUUCAGCCCUCCGAUUUGUGCGACGGAUAUGAUGAUUGUGGAGACUUGUCUGAUGAGCAAUCCUUGUUUUGUUUAAAUCAGCCUUGUUCACAGCAUUAUGCCCGUUGUCCGUCUGGUCGAUGCAUUCCGGAAACUUGGGUUUGUGAUGGGGAUGUAGACUGUGCUGAUGGAGGAUGGGACGAAACUUCCACAAACUGCACAGAUACCAAUGGCAAACGUGUUUGUGUUGGCAAAUAUUUAUUCCAAUGUGACAACUCCAAAUGUAUUUCACGUGCUUUUAUCUGUGAUGGCGAAGAUGAUUGUGGUGAUGGUAGUGAUGAAUCAACUGCUCAUAGCUGUGGGAACAGAACUUGCAUGGAGGAUGAAUUUAAUUGUAAAUCCAACAAACAUUUGGCUCAACCUAAAUACGAGUGUAUCCCAAAAACGUGGUUAUGUGAUGGAGAUGUUACUUGUGUUGGAGGUGAAGACGAGAGUGAGGCUCUCUGUGGUGUGGCCAAGAAAGCUUGUAACAAGGGCGAAUUCCGUUGCUCAAACAAUAAUUGUAUACACGCAUCGUGGGUUUGUGAUGGCGAUAAUGACUGCCUUGAUGGAUCAGAUGAACACGCAAAUUGCACAUAUCAAUCGUGCCAACCGGGGCUGUGGCAGUGCAAAAACCAUAAGUGCAUUCCAAAUUCUUGGCGCUGUGAUGGAAAUUCCGACUGUGAUGACGGUAGCGAUGAAAAACAAUGUUCAACAGAAGAAAUUUCCUCCCACAACAUUACUGGACUCGCAGCAACCUCUUUACUCUCUGGAGCUCUAAAUUGUGGAGCUUCUCAGUUCGAGUGCCAAAACGGACAGUGUAUUGAAAAACAAAAAGUGUGUGAUAACAACUAUGAUUGUUCUGAUCGGUCUGAUGAAAGUCCUAGUUGUUUUGUCAACGAAUGUGAACAAAAAGAACAUCCACUUUGUGAACAAACUUGUGUUGACCAAGUUAUUGGCUACAAAUGCUCUUGUGAAAAUGGAUUCCAAAUAAAUCGAGCGGAUAACAAAUCCUGCUUAGAUAUAGAUGAAUGUUUGGAAGGACUUUCGCUUUGUUCCCACUUCUGUGAAAACAAGCAAGGAAGCUACAAAUGCUCUUGCCCUGAAGGCAUGACAUUAAAUCCUAAUGGGUUUACUUGUAAGGCGAAUGAAGAGCCGGAUCCUUAUCUGCUUUUGGCCAACAAGCACUAUGUUCGAUUCAUAUCACUAGAUGGAUCUCGAUAUGAGCUUGUAGCUCAAGGAUUUGAAAAUCUUGUUUCAAUGGAUGUUGACUCAGUCGAUGACAUGGUCUAUUUACUCGACUCUGGAAAAUUGCGAAUCUAUCGUAAAUCACUUCAUAAAUUAAGUGAAGCACCCAGCAGUUAUGAGCAAAUAAUGCGCCAUAAUGUAUUUGGCAUAGAGGGAAUUGCUGUCGAUUGGAUUGGGCGUAAAUUGUACAGUCUGAAUAGGCAAGACCGAGCUUUGCGUGUUUGCGAGUUGGACGGUCGAUUUUGUCGUACACUGAUUCGAGACAGAAUUUCACAGCCAAAGGCAAUUGUUGUACACCCAAAACGUGGUUAUCUUUACUUCACUGAAUGGUCACUCCAGCCGUACAUAGCUAAGGUCGCUUUGGAUGGUUCAGCGCCAUAUGGAACGGCAGAUCCAGUUAUUAAAAUCGCUGAACGUGAUUUGGGUUGGCCUAAUGCCCUUGCCAUCGAUUAUUAUUCUGACCGUCUUUUCUGGGGAGACGCCCACCUUAACGAACUCAACUGGAUGGACCUUCAGGAUGGCAUUCACCGCCGGCACAGAAUUCCAGCAAAACUCACCUCACAUGUCGCCUCUAUUACUGUCUAUAACGAAUAUUUGUUUUGGAGUGAUUGGAAUUUGAAGCAAGUUAUUCGAGCUGAUAAAUGGACAGCAAAUAAUGAAAGUGUCUUAGUUACUACCUUGCAAUUGCCCAAUGAACUUCGUGUUGUUCACCCAUUAAGACAGCCACGUUGGCCAAAUCCUUGCGGGGAUAACAACGGAGGCUGUUCACAUCUCUGCCUUAUUGGCGCCGGUGGAAGUAACUUUUCUUGUGCCUGUCCAGACCAGUUUUACUUGCUCUCCAAUGGCCGCGACUGCGAAGCAAAUUGCACGUCACGGCAAUUUGCUUGCUCUGGGACAGAUUCCAAAUGUAUCUCAAAGUUGUGGACUGUACCGAUGGAGAUGAUGAGCCUGGACGGGAUGUUUGUGGCGAUCGUAUUUGUCCAGUUGGUGAAUUUCAAUGCUCUAAUCAUAAUUGAUGAUUGUGGUGAUGGGAGUGAUGAGCGUGAUUGUGAUAAGCCAUGUGAUGACUGGAUGUUUAAAUGCUCAAAUACUGGAAAAUGUAUUCCCAAAGGCUUUACAUGUGAUGGAGAUGAUGAUUGUGGUGAUAGAAGCGAUGAGGCUGAACACAUUUGCAAGAAUGCCUCGAGAAAUUGUACAGCUGAGGAGUUCCGCUGCUCCAAUCAUAAAUGUAUACCAAAAAGCUGGAAAUGUGACAGCGAGGACGAUUGCGGCGAUGGAAGUGAUGAACCAAAGCCUGAAUGUGACAAAGUAGAAUGCCCCCGUGGCUGGUCUCGUUGUCUAAACUCUUAUCGUUGUGUACCUGAUUGGGCUUUUUGUAAUGGGCAGGAUGACUGCAGAGAUGGUUCUGAUGAAUUACCUUCUCGCUGUCCGGCGUGUGAAGAACAGGGAGAGUUUAAAUGUGUUGGUUCUGGAAAAUGCAUUCCUAAGCGUUGGAUGUGUACCUCACGUCCUUGUUCUGAAUCAGAAUUUCGUUGUAACGAGGGUCGUUGUAUUCCGCACUCAAAAGUAUGUGAUGGAACUAUCCAGUGCAGCGAUGGCUUGGACGAAUCUCAAUGUACACUUAGAAAGUGCGCUGAUGGAUAUCGGAAAUGCGACGAUGGGACAUGUAUUCUUGAACAUAAAUGGUGUGAUAGAAGGCGUGAUUGUGUAAAUGCUUCUGAUGAGACUCACUGUGAUGAUUAUCCUAAUAGAAGGCAUUGUUCACCUAAUGAAUAUGAAUGUGCUAACAGCGUUUGCAUCUCGCGCAAAUUUAUGUGUGAUGGAGAUAACGAUUGUGGUGAUAAUUCGGACGAAACUAAUGAACAAUGUAAAGUUGCGCAAUGUGAUCCACCUCUACGUUUUCGCUGUUCUCAUUCAAAGCUUUGCUUGAACAUUCUUCAACUCUGCAAUGGUUUUAAUGAUUGUGGAGAACAUGAUUACUCUGACGAACAUCUUUCCAUGUGUUCUUCCUUCUCCGAAUAUGGAGAUUGCUCGACCGAUGAAUUCAAAUGCACCAAUGGCAAAUGUAUUAAUGCAACGUUGGCGUGUGACAGGAAGGAUGAUUGUGGUGAUGCUACUGAUGAGAUUGGCUGUAUUAAACAAAACGGGAAAAGUUGCCAUUCACAUUCUGACAAUGGUGGAUGUCGACAUCUUUGUACAGAUGUUCAGGAUGGAUAUUAUUGCCAUUGUCGAGAUGGUUUUACUACAGGUUUUUUACAUAAUAGAGAUUCAAUUUUCAUUCAAAAAAUUCAAGAUCCUGGAAAUCCUUCUGAUUGUAUUGAUAUUGAUGAAUGCAAAGGAAACAAUACUUGUUCUCAAAUGUGUUUGAAUACAAAGGGUUCAUAUUUGUGUAAAUGCGUGGAUGAUUACACUUCUGGUGUUGUUAUAGGCGCUAUGAAUGGAAAGGAUUGUCGUGCUAAUGGAGAACACCCACGUAUUAUGAUUGCUGCAGAUGACAAAGUUCUUCAGUUAAGCCUGGUCGGUUCUCGUGGACGUGUUAACGCAGCCACUCGUAAAUCUCCAUCAAAUCAACAGCGAAGUAUUGGUGCUGUUGAGUUUGAUCCUAGACGGGAAUUUAUGUUCUGGUUGGAUACAUAUCAACGAAAAUUGUUCCGGUCAGCUCUUCCAAAAGGCAAUCAAUCGCACGAGGGUCAAGAAUUAUUGGUCAACUUUGGAGAAAAUAUUUCGCCUUUGAGUAUGGCUGUGGAUUACUUGACAGGAAAUUUAUACAUAACUGCCACUGUUAGCGAUCUUAAAUUGAACGAGAAAUCAGCACUUGCAACGGCAGCUGGCCGACGAAAGAAGCGUUUUAGUGAACCUAUCCCUCAACCAUCAUCAGAUGGAAAUGGAAUCGUUGCUGGACGUUUGCAAAUACCAACAGCAAUUGUUACUUUACCAAAAUUGGGACGAAUUUGCUUUGCAGAUGCAGGGUUUGAAGCAAAGAUUCAAUGUGCUGAUAUGGAUGGAAAUAAGAGACAGACAAUCAUUAGUGAUCUCAUUUAUUCACCAACAACUAUGGCUGUUGAUGAAGGACGUGACAACCGAAUUUAUUGGAGCGAUCCUAAAUAUCACAAGGUGGACUCUUGCCUUCCCGAUGGUUCGCGUAGGCUAACAAUUGCUCGAGAUACAAGGACUCCAUGGGCUAUUGAUGUUUUUGAAAAUCAUCUCUUUUGGACAUCUGGGAAGCCGAUAAAUACAGGGACUUCUGUAUCCAAAGAUUCGCAGAAUUUGUAUAUUCAAGAUAAGUUUGGCAGAAGUCGACUCCAACUUGUUGCUAGUGCCAUAGACGAUGUUCACUCAUUGAGGAUACAACAAAGAUUUGCUAGAGAUAUGCUUCGAGCAGAUAGUGCCUGUGCAAAAGUUCAAUGUUCACAUCUUUGUGUUGAAUUGCCCUCAGAUGGCUUUAGAUGUCUUUGUCCUGAUGGAGUCACACAAUUUGAGGAUGGCACUUGUGGAUCUGCUCGAAUAGAAGAGCUGCCGAUUCCAAAGCAGUGUUCUUGCCAGAAUGGUGGUCAUUGCCUUUUGGAUGGAACAUGUGAUUGUGGUGAUUUUGAAGGGGAAUUUUGUCAAAAACCAUCUUCAGUCAGUAGGCAGUUGAUCGGCAGAUUUGGAAAUGGUGCAUAUUACGCGCUACUUUUAAUGUUCGCUAUGUUAGUAUGCUUGGCGGUGAUGACUGUUCUCUCCAUUCUAAUUUAUAAACGCAAAAGUGUACUCAACAAGAAGCGAUUGGCUUCUGGUGAAGGGUCGUCAAUUGGCGGUGCCUCAGUAGUUACAUUUCAUGGCAACGUAAUUUCCUUCUCAAAUCCUGUACUUGAUGCAGAUAGGCAAAUUCAACAACAACAGCGUGACAAUUCACUCGUUGAGGAACUCCAUUCAUCACCUUUAAAAUUACCCCAAAGUAGAGAAAUUUCUGAUAUAAUGACUACGACAUUUACAAAUCCUGUCUACGAACAUGCUGAAACAUUAGAUUCAUUUGACGAUGAUAACAGCAGCAGAAGAACGAAAUUCGAAAAUGUUGAUACGGGCAAAAUAAAUCCGGUGUUCGACGAAAAAGACAAAAACAAACACUGA